CGUAGACCCCGUAUUUUGCACCCACUUCAUAUCGGCCGUCGAUCAUUGAUCACUUGUGCCGAAACGGCUAAUCUUACGACCAAGAUGGCCGACGAGAGUUCCAUUAACCGUGCCCUCUAACUCUCCCCCUCUCUCUCCACUCUUUUCGGUGUUAGCCGACGGGCGGUCGUUUCCCUCUCUCCAAGUAACUUGGAAAUUGAAUAGUCUACUGUGGUUCGAUUUUUCCAUUAACCCUUCGAGGGAAAAACGAAAAAAGAGACAUCCACGAGAAAAUUGCCCUAGGGAAAUAAGGUAGUUAGUGCUAUGUUUGUUGCUCAUACAGCAAGUAGCCGCUCUGAAUUGAUGCUGGGAUGAUCGUGAGAUUGAUUCCAUCUUUGGUUCAAGCUUGAAGAUUUUAUUUAAAGGAAGUUGAGGAUGACCGAAGAACUGAAGCACUCUGCAAAUCCAUGGAUUAAUGCAGCGGAGCAGUCCUCAAGAACAGUUAAUUUCAGUGAAGGAAUGUCUUUGAUGUCCCAAUCGAUGGUGAUCGUUGAUGGAAUUGAAGCCCCUGAAAUCUCACGCGCUCAAACUCCCGAUGUGGGUGCUCCUGUGGUCGGCAAAUUAGGGUUCUCUGAGCGUGCAUUUUCUGCAGCUGGUGCAGCAUUUCUGUCUGCCAUUUUGGUCAACCCGCUUGAUGUGGCUAAGACAAGAUUGCAGGCGCAGGCUGCUGGAACCCCUUACUCGCAUCCAUUAAGUAAUUUUACCAGUCGCAUGGCGUUUUUUGGACCUCAGAUGUUGUUUGCCGAUCUGAGGUGUUCUCCCUCGUGCACGCGAGCUGGGGUUCAUGGGACAGUAUCAAUUUGCCCACCUGAUUGUUUCCACUACAAGGGGACGCUGGAUGUUUUCUAUAAAAUUGUUCGACAGGAAGGGUUGUCUGCACUCUGGAGAGGAACAAAUGCUAGCUUAGCUCUUGCGGUCCCCACCAUUUUACAAGGUUAUAACUUGUUUUGCAAACAGGUCGGAAUUUAUUUGCCUUGCUAUGACAUUUUCUGCCACCAAUUAGAGGAUUUUUCUGCAAGGAAUGCUCCAGGAUUAACCCCUUAUGCGCCUUUAGUGGCUGGUUCACUGGCACGUUCUUUAGCUUGUAUAAGUUGCUAUCCUAUAGAGCUUGCAAGAACGCGCAUGCAGGCAUUUAAGCAUGGCUGUGGUAAUAAAAGCCCCCCAGGAGUCUGGCGUACUUUAAUUGAUAUUAUUUCCCAGGUCAAGAGCACAACCAGCUCCAGUAACAGCUCCACAAGCUUUCGUAUCUUGUGGACAGGCCUUGGGGCCCAGCUUGCUCGUGAUGUUCCUUUCUCUGCAAUCUGCUGGGCGACCCUCGAACCUGUAAGGAGGAGGCUUCUAGGUCUUGUUGGAGAUGAAGCUAAUGCUGUCAGUGUUUUCUCGGCAAAUUUUUCUGCUGGUUUUGUUGCUGGGAGCCUUGCUGCUGCCACCACAUGCCCAUUUGAUGUUGUCAAAACACGGAGGCAAAUUGAGAAAGAUCCUGUCAGAGCGUUGAAGAUGACCACGAGGCACACUCUCCUAGAAGUUUGGAGGAGUGGAGGUAUUAAAGGCUUGUUUACUGGUGUUGGGCCCCGUGUUGGUCGAGCGGGCCCUUCUGUUGGGAUAGUCGUUUCCUUUUAUGAAGUCGUGAAGUAUGCCCUGAAUCAUCACUAUGCCAGCAAUUGAUACAUAAAAAAAAAAAAAAAAUGCCGUACUGUUUUUUUGUCCAUGGAAAGCCACGGAUGCUAAGAGCUAACUUCAGCUUCGAGAUUUUGUCCCUAAGCGCUUGAUGCUGAUCACUAGGUCUAGUUUUCACAAUCUUCAUGGUAUAUUCCAUCUCCCAAGUUAAUUUUUCUUACAUGCCGGAAAAUAAUUCUCCUCAUAUGUGAUUUUUGUGAGACUGAUGAUUGAUGGAUUAGUGGUUACUUGAGUCCAUCAAAGAUAAUUGAGGGGGAUUUUGUGGAUACUAACUUAAUUUGGCCUUUAAUGUACUUGCUAUUUAAAGUUCUUUCCUACUAUGCAUGGUCACAAAGUUUUCCGUUCUCUUGUGGCUCUUUAUUGUCGUCAUGCUUUUAUUCUAGCUCGAAUUUAAUAUUUGU